AUGUCCUCGUCUAUCGACCACCAGCCCCCGUCUAGAGUCGACUCGCCAAUGGCUGUCCCGUACAUCCCGUUGACGUUCGACAAUGCGAACGCAGACGAGUCGGCUCGAGAGCUAGCGUAUGCUUUGAAUCCUUCGUGGAAGAACACCGAGGGCCCUGUAGAGGUUGUACGGUUCACGGAUGGAAUCACGAAUACGUUGUCGAAAGCGACGAAGCGAUGGCCGGACCGGACAGAGUCGCAGAACGACGACGAUGCUAUCCUCAUGCGGGCGUAUGGGAAGGGGACGGAUGUCCUGAUAGACCGGGAAAGAGAGAUGAAGGCACAUACGCUGCUCGCCAGCAUGGAUUUGGCACCGCCGCUGCUGGCACGGUUCGACAAUGGCUUGAUGUAUAAAUUCGUACAGGGAGAUGUGUGCACGCCAGAGGACCUGCGCAGGCCGGAGGUCUACAGGCAGACUGCGAAGCUACUCGGGCAAUGGCAUGGGAGUCUGCCAGUUUCAGCGAUCACGCGGACGCCGGAUCUCGACAAAGAUGCAGACCAGAAGCACUGUGGGAUGAAGAAUGGAAAGCACACUCGACCGAUGCCGAAUAUAUGGAGCGUGAUGCAGAGCUGGAUCAAUGCGCUGCCUAAUGGUACGGCAAAGGAGCGGGAGCGCAACAAGAUGCUGGACAGCGAGCUUGCUGUGCUGUCUGCGAGGUUUGGAGACACGCCUGGGGUUGACGGAAAGGACUACAUCUUCAGCCACACGGACUUGCUGGCAGGGAACGUGAUCAUGCAGAAGCCUUCCGGCACUAAAAUCUCCAACGGCGACAACAAAGAGCGACCAGUAUGCUUCAUUGACUACGAAUAUUCCACCCCCGGUCCAGCGGCAUUCGACAUAUCAAACCACUUCGCGGAAUGGGCGGGCUUCGAAUGCGACCACGGCGCGGUACCCACGAAAUCGCAGCGAAGAGACUUUUUGAAAAACUACAUUGGCUCCUUCCGCGUCCAUGCGAUAGAUCUUGAACAGACGAUGAGCUACGAGAUCGAUCUCCAGAAAGACAUUGACCAGCUCUACGACCAAAUAGACCAGUUUAGAGGAUUGCCGGGCUUUUACUGGGGUAUCUGGGCGCUGAUACAGGCUACGAUUAGCCAGAUAGACUUCGAUUACACAACCUACGCGGAAGAUAGACUCGGCGAGUACUUCGCAUGGAAGGCUGAGGAGGAUGGGUCUCGCGCGAAAGAAGGGAAGGAGAUGCCUUUGCGAGAGCGACGAUGGGCGGAGGAAUAA